CUGCCUCCUGUACGUUACUUAACCGGGACGUGUUUCUCAGAAAGACUUGCGUGGAGCGUGUCAGGGACGCGCCUGGCGCCAAGGAUAUGCAUGGCCUGCGCGUCGAGAGUCAUCAUUUUGCCCCCAUCACCCGUCUCGAGUCAUAAAAACUGGUGCCAGCCUUCAUUCACCGUUCGAAAGCCUCCCUCCCCACCCCGCCGCGAUUCCCCGCACCCAAUUCCCCAAGCACCGCCGCCCAAGCUCGAUCGCCCGACCAUGUCCGGCUACCCCUACGGCGGCGCCGGAGGAGGAGGAGGCUACGGGGCCCCUCCGCCCUACGGCUCCUCGCCCGCCCCCUCGGCCCCGCCCUACGGCGACAAGCCCCCCAAGGAAGCCAAGGCCUCCUCCCCCUACUACGCCUCCCCGCCCCAAGCCUACGGCGCCGGGGGAGCCGGAGGCGGAGGCGGAGGCUACGGGGCCCCGCCCUCCUCCCAGCCCCAGUCCUACGGCGGCGGCUACGGGGCCCCGCCACCCUCCCAGCCGCAGUCCUACGGCGGCGGUGGUUACGGGGCCCCGCCUUCCUCCCAGCCCCAGUCCUACGGCGGCGGCGGCUACGGGGCCCCGCCAUCCGCCCAGCCCUACGGCGCCCCGCCUCCCUCGUCGGCGUCCUACGGGGCCCCGCCCCCCGCGGCAGCGCCGUACGGGGCCGCUGGCGGCUACGGGAGCCCGUUCGCGGCGCUCGUGCCGUCCGCGUUCCCGCCCGGGACGGACCCCAACGUCGUGGCGUGCUUCCAGGCCGCCGACCGCGACGGCAGCGGGACCAUCGACGACAAGGAGCUGCAGUCCGCGCUCUCCGGCUACAACCAGAGCUUCAGCAUCCGCACCGUCCACCUCCUCAUGUACCUCUUCACCAACACCAACGUCCGCAGGAUCGGGCCCAAGGAGUUUACUUCUGUUUUUUACAGUCUUCAGAAUUGGAGGUCUAUAUUUGAGAGGUUUGACCGUGACCGAAGUGGUAAAAUUGAUGCAUCGGAGCUGCGUGAUGCUCUUCUCAGUCUGGGUUAUUCAGUUUCUCCAACUGUGCUAGACUUGCUCGUGUCUAAAUUCGACAAGACUGGGGGCAUGAGCAAAGCAGUCGAAUAUGAUAACUUUAUUGAGUGUUGCCUUACAGUCAAGGGUCUGACUGAGAAGUUCAAGGAGAAGGACACGGCUUACUCCGGGUCUGCAACUUUCAGUUACGAGGCAUUCAUGUUGACUGUGCUCCCUUUCAUCAUUGCAUGAUGGCUCCACAGUUCAAAACAAAGACUGAGCUUCGAUUGUGUUGUUCCCGACUUGUGUCGAAAUGCUUUUCCAACUGAGGUGUAGUUUGUUUGAAUUUGAGUGAUGUUGUUGCGUUCCUGAUAAUGUGAUACCCUGGAGAUUGGAAACUGGUGUAUGAUAGAACCUGUGGAUGGUUUGUUACUCUGAAAA